GGCCGAGCAAGAUGGAGCACCAAUGGCCGGUCCUCUUUAUACGAUGUUGAAAGUUCAAACCCACUACCCUUUCCCUGUGGGGACGAUUUUUUGUCCGAUUCAAAUUCCCCUGUUGAAUGAUUGACAUUUCUAUUUCUACAAUUCCCGAUUCUCUCUCUCACACUAAUCAUUAUGGACCUUGCCGUUGCUCUCACCUCCGCCUUCCGGCCGGAAUAUUCUACUUUUCGCCGGAAAUUCCAUGGACCCGUUCCUUCUCCCAGGAGGAGGCGGCGAGUGGCGAUCGCCAUGGCGCUAAACAAGCCAAGAAUUGAAGGCGUGAGUGAUGAGCUCAACACUAUCGCUUCCCAGAACUUGGAUUUCGCCCCUGCCCGGAGAAGGGUCCGAUCCGCUUUCCUUUCUGUGCAGCAACACCUUGAUCAUCUCUUGUUCAAGAUGGCUCCAGCUGGGAUCAGAAUGGAGGAGUGGUAUGAACGGAAUUCAAAAGGUCAAGAAAUUUUCUGCAAAAGUUGGUUGCCAAAGCCCGGUGUACGUAUCAAAGGUUCUCUGUGUUUUUGUCAUGGAUACGGUGAUACUUGCACCUUCUUCUUUGAAGGCAUAGCUAAGUACAUUGCUGCUUCUGGAUAUGGUGUCUAUGCUGUUGAUCAUCCCGGUUUUGGUCUUUCUGAUGGCUUGCAUGGUUAUGUUCGUCAAUUUGAUGACAUAGUUGACAAUGCCAACGAACAGUUUCGAAAGAUUAAAGUCAGGCCAGAAGUACGAGGGCUUCCCCACUUCAUAUUCGGGCAGUCCAUGGGCGGUGCAAUUGCUUUAAAGGCUAUUUUGAAGGAACCGCUCGAAUGGGAUGGCAUUGUUCUUGUUGCACCGAUGUGUAAAAUUGCAGAGGAAAUGACACCUCCAGUCCCGCUUCAAAAGGCCUUGAUUCUUAUGUCCAAUUUUAUGCCGAAGGCGAAGUUAGUUCCGACACAAGAUUUGGCAGAACUCGCGUUCAGAGAGCCCGUGAAACGGAAACUGGCUCCAUACAAUGUGAUCUGUUACUCGGAUCGAACGCGUUUGAAGACUGCUGUAGAACUAUUGAACGCUACAAAAUACAUAGAAUCGCAACUGGAGAAGGUUUCAUCCCCGAUCCUCAUUCUUCAUGGCGCAUCUGACAGAGUGACGGAUCCUCGCAUAAGUCAGUUUCUCCACGAGAGGGCUUCGAGCAAGGACAAAACUCUCAAGCUUUAUGAAGGCGGCUAUCACUGCAUUCUCGAAGGGGAGCCCGAUGACCGGAUUUUAACUGUACUAAACGACAUCAUCUCUUGGCUUGAUUCUCAUUGCGGUGCAAAAUAGUCACAUCCCCUUUAGCCCUCUUUGUGAUCCUCCAUUUUAGUCCCUUUUAAGAGUGGUCUAUUUUGAGAGGGUGCCAUUGAUUUCUAGUUUCUAAUCUAAACUAAAAAGUUUAGGGAGUUGAAGAGAGAAAAUUGAUUGCUAAAUUCUUUUUGGGAGUAGUUUCCCCAACCUCUAAGGCAGGUAUAUAAACAUGAAGCAAGAAAACAAGUUUGUAUUAAUUGGCUUGUUUGCAUGUUUUCUUGUACAAUGUGAAACAUGGGAUUGGGAAAAUAUAUAAUACCAGUCUUUAUGAGGAUGUUUUCUGUUGUU